UUCCGGUACGAACUGGUCGGGGAGUAUUUUUGACCCACGCUAAGAGGUUUGAACCGCCCGCUGCACCUGUUCAGUCGCACUCGGAUCACGGGUGAUAACCGCAGCCGUCCUCACUCAUUGAGCACUGCAGUACCGAGGCACUACCGUACAACAGGCACUGGACUCACGGCCAGCUCAGGGGAUUGUGAAAGGUGCUAAAUCAGGAAAAAUCGGAUUUUGACUGUCUCUAAAAGAUUUAUUUCGAAAAAACUUUUGCCGUCGCUUCCGCUAAGAAGAUGGAGAAAACCAUCCCGAUCAGCCCGAGCCCGGACGUUCUAUCUCCGAGGGCCUUCUUCGAGCAGCACUUCGGACAGGGAGCGUGGGAGAAGCAGUUCCUCGGUGCCAACGAUGACAAGGCCUGGGACUCCCUGUCCAAGAGUCCUCGGAGCCUGUUCCAGUUCCCUCCGCCUGCCACAGCGCCGAGCAUCGGACAAGACAAGUUUUACGUGGAGUUGGACAUGAAGGAUUACACACCUGAACAGAUCACGGUGAAGACCAUUGAUGGGAAGAAGCUCGUCAUUCAUGCUAAGAAAGUUGAGACAUUGGAGGUCAGCGGCCGUAAGGUCACCAAGGAAUUCUCGCGAGAGUACGUCAUCCCCCCGCUCGUGGACUACGAGACCAUCUCGUCCUACAUCACAGCGGAGGGCGUUCUGACGGUUCAGUCUGCUGACCAGCCGCCCGUACAGGCCGCGCCUCCGCCUGCCCUGGUCAAACCGAGCGGCAGAACCGGCGCUACAGGGUUCAAAACAAAAACCACCAUUGGAUUUAACACGUGAACGGCCGUUACCUACGACAAUUUUGUUAAAAAGAUACAGGGAAAGUAGUCCAUACGACAGCUUCCUUUGGUUACGUGUAGCGACAACACACACAAUUGCUACUGAACAUCGUAAACAUCUUAUGUUCAUACCAGCAAACUUUUACACUAUUGACUUGUAAGGUGGUUGGGAAAUAAACACGUCAUUAGAUGUACAAGUUUAUGUUGAAAAUGAUAAACCAGCCACAGCGUCGUUUUCCAGAUGAAAGGGGGUGGGGCGCACAGCUCGGAAAGAUCACAGAUACAUGUACGUAGGUGCGCCAAAGAAUAAGCUUUCCGUAUAUCGAAAGAAAAAUUGUAGCUACCAUACUCACAAAAGGUUAUCUAUUUUUCGAAUUUUACCGGAGGUGUAUAUUAUAUUUUUGCAGACAAUAUAUAAAAAUCAAAUUGAAUAUACAACUGUAUUGCCAGAGCAGAGUAUUUAUACGUGUGGAGCUCUCUCCCAUCUAGGCAUUUGGUGAGACUGUACUUGGUCUGUAAGACUGUAAGUUAUUUCCUACGCGUGUCUUAGACGAGUGUCUUGCUGAAAAACGCUAACAGCUCUAUUUAGAUAAUGAAAAAAAAGUUUAUAACAAAAAAGACGAAAAACAUGUGCAUAUAAAUUUGCCUGCGCGCCGUAAGUGUGGUACAAAAAUGUAAUACGGUUGCAAAACAAGAUAGACGCAUGUAGUACUAGUACUAGCAUCUGACGCUCAUUAUUUUAACAGUUGUUAUGAGCAUUGUACAUGGAUUGAUGGUAAGAUGGCUAUCUGUGGUUAAUACAGCAUCAACAUGGUGCCCUCUAUUGUCUUUAACCACCCGUUGUGUAAUACAUUAAAGUGCUGUGACAGUCAAAAUAUUUAUUAAGUGCCAGUGUGCAGUAAUAGACAAGGGCCAUGAUUAUGAUUGUACAAUAUGUAUGCAUCCAUGUGAGUGAAGUACACAUAUACGUAUGGAUUGUC